UAACGAAGAAGCUUAUUAUUAUAUUGAAAACUCGACAGGGAGGGAGGAGAAAGAAAAGAAACUGUGAGAAAAAAAAAGGGGAAAAAUCUCGUCUUUCUUCUUCUACUUCUCUCCUUCUGCUUCUUCCUUCAAAGAAACCCAAGAUUUCUUCGAUUUAAUUUGGUUCUUCCGAGCUUUCCUCCUCCUCUCCCAUGUAAGGCUAGAGUUGGAGUUCUGUGAGACUACGACGACCUUCUUGUCUCCCUGCGAUUUCUGGCGACGUAUCCUUGGCUGCCCAACGCAGAUGAAGUCCCGCCGGAUAACCCUCGCCUCAUCCUCCUUGUCCUACCUAGUCCUCCUCUUGGUCUCGAUCUCCGCCUCCGGUGGCGGCGGGGAUCUGGACGCUCGCCAGGCGGAGAGAUCCGCCCUUCUCCAGUUCAAGAGCUCCGUCCUGGCAGACCCCGCUGGUCUCCUCCACGGAUGGGGCUCCUCCGCGGACCACUGCUCCUGGCCCGGCGUUUCCUGCGACGGCCGAUUCCGAGUCGUCUCCCUUAACAUCUCCGCGAAAGGUGGCUCUUCCCCGCUCCCUUGCUCCCGAUCCGGUCCUUAUCGGCUGAGUUGCGGCGAUCCCGGCCGGAGGAUGGCCGGAAGGCUGAGCGCAGCCGUCGGGAGCCUAUCCGAGCUCAGGGUGUUCUCCUUGCCCUUCCAUGGUUUUGAUGGCGAGAUCCCUGACGAGAUCUGGGGUUUGGAGAAGCUGGAAGUGAUUGAUCUCGAAGGAAACUCGCUCUCGGGUGGCCUGCCCUCGCGUUUCCCUCGCCGGUUGCGUGAGCUAAGUCUGGCUUCCAAUUUGAUCAAAGGUGAGAUUCCUCCCUCCCUCUCGAGAUGUGUAGAUUUAGAAACCCUAGACCUCUCAGGCAACCAGAUCAACGGAACGAUUCCAGGAUUUCUUGGUGGUUUCUCCAAACUUGAAGAACUGUAUCUCGCUUUUAAUCGGCUUGAUGGGUCAAUUCCUGAUGAGAUUGGAGAUGGGUGCCGAAAUCUCCAAAUCUUGGACUUGUCUGGAAAUUCCUUGUUUGGAAGCAUUCCGUCCAAUUUAGGCAACUGCACCGAGUUGCGAGUCCUAUUGCUAUUCUCCAACCUUUUGGAUGGUCUCAUUCCUUCUGAUCUUGGUCGAUUGAAUAAGCUUCAAGUUUUGGAUGUCUCGAGGAACAGUUUGAGUGGAUUCGUACCUGAGGACCUAGGGAACUGCCUAGAAUUGACUGUCAUUGUUCUUCUUAAUCUUUAUGAUCCAAUUCCGGAGGAGGUAGCUUCGACUUCUGUUGAUAUAGAUGAAUUCAAUUGUUUCCAAGGGAGACUUGCUGAAAACAUCACUGUUCUGCCAAAGCUUAGGGUGCUUUGGGCCCCAAGGGCAAAAUUUCAAGGCAAGAUUCCUAGCAAUUGGGGUACCUGUGAGAACUUGGAAAUGGUUAAUUUGGGCCAGAAUCUUUUUAUAGGACCAAUACCUAAAGCUUAUGGUCAGUGCAGAAAUCUUAGAUUUCUUGAUCUGAGCUCAAACAGUUUGACAGGUUGGCUUGAGGAGGAUCUUCCUGUGCCAUGUAUGGAUUUCUUUAAUGUCAGUGGAAAUCAGUUGUCUGCCUCCAUCCCAAGGUUUGCUUACAAGGAAUGCUUCUUAUAUCAGUUCCCUAGAGAUGACCUAUCCUCAGCUUAUUUUUCAUUUUUUGCGUAUAAGAGCCGCACAGGACUUGACUUGCCCAUAUUUGAAUCUGGUGGUGAAUCUGCUAUAUAUCAUAAUUUUGGAAAGAACAAUUUUACGGGUAGUCUACUUUCUUUACCAUUGGCCACUAAUGGGUAUGCUAACCAGACUGUUUAUGCAUUUUUGGCUAAUGACAACCACCUUUUUGGGUCGCUGAAUGGCAUUAUUGUAGAAAAGUGCAACAAAGUGAAUCAUUUGAUAAUCGACUUAAGCAACAACAUGGUGCGUGGUGGGUUUACACAAGAAAUAGGUACAACAUGCAAGUCUCUUGUGGUUCUGGAUGUUGCCAAUAAUCAGAUAUCGGGAACAAUCCCUGCAACUAUUGGGUUAUUGUGGAAUCUUGUUAGCCUGGAUCUAAGUAGGAAUCAGAUGCAGGGUGAGAUUCCUGCCACCAUUAAACAAUUAAAAAGCUUGACUUAUCUGUCGUUAUCUGAUAACAAUUUGAGUGGCCGCAUUCCUUCUGGCAUUGAUCAGUUGCAAUCACUGAAGGUUUUGGAUCUCUCAUCAAAUUCCCUUACAGGUGAUAUUCCUAGUGACCUUGUGAAGAUGUCAAAUCUUACUACUCUGUUACUCAACAACAAUAAACUUUUUGGGAAUAUCCCUUCUGCUUUUGCUAAUGUGACAUCGCUUACUAAGUUCAAUGUUUCAUAUAAUAAUUUAUCUGGACCAUUGCCUUUAAAUGCCAGUACACUGAGAUGUGAUAGUGUCCUCGGCAACCCUUUACUCCAAUCUUGUCAUAUAUACUCUCUCUCUGUUCCGUCAUCUGAUUUGCAAGGAAGCAGCCAGAACUCACAAUCAUAUUCUGAGUCACCACCAAACGGCUCACCAAAUGAUAGCAGUGGUGGUGGAUUUAGUUCUAUCGAAAUUGCUUCAAUCGCAUCAGCAUCAGCUAUAGUCUCAGUCCUCCUAGCUCUGAUAGUCCUCUAUAUUUACACAAGGAAGUGUGCACCUAGGUCCACCACUCGGUCUUCUGGAAGAAAAGAAGUGACUGUUUUUGUCGAUAUUGGGGUUCCUUUGAAUUAUGAGAGUGUUGUGCGAGCCACUGGGGGUUUCAAUGCAAGCAAUUGCAUUGGAAGUGGAGGUUUUGGGGCCACAUACAAGGCUGAGAUUUCACCAGGGGUCUUGGUGGCUAUAAAGAGGCUUGCAGUAGGGAGAUUUCAAGGUGCUCAACAGUUCCAUGCAGAGAUCAAAACACUUGGAAGAUGGCGGCAUCCUAAUCUUGUGACACUAAUAGGUUAUCACAUUAGUGACACUGAGAUGUUUUUGAUAUAUAAUUAUCUCCCUGGAGGUAAUUUGGAGAGAUUUAUACAAGAAAGGUCAAGAAGGCCUGUGGAUUGGAGGAUGCUUCACAAGAUUGCUUUAGACGUGGCGUGUGCACUUGCUUAUCUGCAUGACACAUGUGUGCCUCGUAUCCUCCACCGGGAUGUUAAACCUAGCAAUAUAUUGCUGGAUAAUGAAUUCAAUGCUUAUCUCUCUGACUUUGGACUGGCUAGGCUUCUAGGAAAUUCUGAGACCCAUGCAACCACUGGUGUCGCUGGAACAUUUGGUUAUGUUGCUCCUGAGUAUGCCAUGACGUGUCGUGUUUCUGAUAAAGCAGAUGUAUAUAGCUACGGUGUGGUACUGCUGGAAUUAAUUUCAGAUAAAAAAGCACUAGAUCCUUCCUUCUCUCCAUAUGGUAAUGGUUUCAACAUAGUUACUUGGGCAUGCAUGCUGCUGCAAAAAGGCCGGGCUCGUGAGUUUUUCACCGAGGGGCUUUGGGAUGUGGCUCCCCAUGAUGAUUUGGUAGAGACCCUACACUUGGGUGUCAAGUGUACUGUUGACUCACUAUCUAUUAGACCCACUAUGAAGCAAGUUGUUCAACGUUUGAAGGAAAUCCAACCUCCACAUUUUGGGCACAAUCAACAUACUUAGAGAGUCUCUACUUCAAAGAUGGGUCCUGCAUAAUAUGGGAGGGUAAUGGUGAUAUGAGACAUUCUCCACACUGAAGUAAUUGAGCUGUUUUAAGGUUGCAACACCAAGGAGUUUUGUCCAAGUCCCAAUUUGAUACUAUACCUCUGGACAGCAGAUGUGCAUCAUGUAAAAUCUAUUAGCGACCACUGAAUAGACUAUGAUCUGAAAUGGUCAAUGACUAUGGGUGACUACUUCAGGUUGUGACCUGAUAGCAUACCCCUGGACAACAGGUGUGCAUUGUAACAAAGCUAUUGGUCCCAGCUGGAUACCUGCAGUGAUUGGUUAGUAUGGCAACCACGUACACCAACCAUGAUGAUUUUGAUUCCAACAAUCAUCUAAUUCGACAAAUGAAGCAUAUUUAAAAAGAUGAUCUGAGAGUUCUUUGAAGGGACAAAUGUGGCCAUUUUCUUGCGUGUAGCAGCGUACAUAUCCUUUGUCAUGCUUUUACAGGUCAAUUUCCCUGAUAUCAGGUUUUGGUUCCUGUACUGAGAGAAGUUUUCUCUGUCGAAGAUGAAUGAGGAACUUCUCUAGGACCAUAGCCACAGUAUUUAAGUGGCUUGUAUCUUGGAAUGCACAAAGGAGACAAAGCCUAUUAUGCUUUUCCACAAAUCCAGUCAGGUCAGCAAGCUUUAUGUUGCUUAUGGAAGUCUUGGCUUAUUGCAGAUGGAUUCUGGAUUUAUCGUGCAAGUGGUUGUGCGGCAUGUCAAUCUCCGUAUCAGGUUUUGGCACAGAAGGCUACCUAGGUUGGUCUAAUGCUGCAGCAUCUGUAAAUAAUGAAACCAUGAUCUCAUUGAAAGACCAAAAGAAUCUUAAUGUAAGAAAAUCUCAUUGUAAGGGUGUAGAUCUUUCCUCCAUUUUGAUCCGGCAAGAAGUGUCAAUUUGAAAGUGCAAGUAUAGCUGCAUUUUUUAUCAUUAAGCUGAUGGUAUUAUAUUGCAACCAAGGCCUACCACAUCAAAUAUCGGGUUGGCCAAACUGAUACUUACCAUUGUACUCAUAGGUUCUUGACCAGUGUAUCAUUUUUUGGCGAUUUCCAUUGGUACAGAUCAAUAUAUCACCCAGUUUAUAAGAAUCAUAUCGACUAGUGCGAAACCAAGAUUGUAAACCUUGCUAUCAUGCAGGGUUAUAAUUAACUGUAACUUCUGAUAACAAUUAGUUGAUUUGCUUUAAGUUUGAUUACCUUA